AUGAACGCCGAUGAACCCGAGGCGAAGAGACCGAAACCGAGCGAGACGAAGGCGUCGAAGACUAAGGAACCGGCGAAGCGUUUUGAACAAACAGAAAUCGCGAGAAACGUCGCGCCGGGGGCGAAAACGACGCGAGACGGCCGUGAAACAUUCAAGGCGAUCUCGUGGAACGUCGCGGGUUUGCGCUCGUUCGUCGAGAAGUCUGGGGCGAAGUUGAGGGCGCUCGUGGAGGAAGAGAGACCGGAUGUGAUUAUUUUGCAGGAACACAAGCUGCAGAUGUCGCACAUCGACGCAUUCGGAUCAAAGUUGAAAGAACUGUGUCCGGGGUACGACACGACAAGGUUCGCGGUGAGUACGGCGAAAAAGGGGUACUCCGGUAUCGUCGCCGUGUCGAGGGAGGGACGGAAAGGGGGACAAGUGACGAUUGAGGCGAUGUUAGGCGGGGCGUCAAAGCCGGCGGUGAGCGACGGAUUCAAAGCUGUUUCGCACUCGGAGGGGCUUCAGGGAGGGACAGCGUACGUGGACGAGGGGCGGACGCUGACUAUUGAGUAUGAGAAGUUUUACGUCGUGUCCGCGUACGUGCCGAACAGCGGCCAGGAUUUGAAGCGAUUGGAUUACAGAAUCAAGGAGUGGGAGCGCGACAUGAAGGCCCAUCUCAAGGCGCUUGACGCGAAGAAGCCCGUGAUUUACAUUGGUGAUUUGAACGUAGCGCACUUGGAUGCGGACAUUUGGAACGUGACCGCGUCUCAUAUCAAGAAGAGUGCGGGCACGACGCCGCAAGAGCGAGGGGCUUUCGGUGUCAUGCUCGAAGAGAACGGUCUUCACGACUCGUUCCGCUUCUUUCAUGGAGACGCUGCGGGGUGGUUCUCUUACUGGAGCGUACGCGCGGGAAAUCGGCCAUUCAACAAAGGAUUGAGAUUAGACUACGCGGUUGCGUCGAAAAGGCUCUUUGAUGGCGAUGACAGUGGUGUUGAAGUCGUCGACGCCUUCAUACUUGAUCAAGUCACCGGGUCCGACCACGCACCGGUUGGCAUCACGCUUGCGAUCAAGGAUUAA